GAACAUCCAAUUUGUGCACAGCAUGAUAUUAGAAAUUAUAAAUUUCUUGGAUUUAAAUGGUAUUUUAGAUAAAUAAGACAUUGUUAAAAUGUAUAAUAUCAGAAUGUAACAUUGUGGUAGAAUCAUAUGGUAUAUCAUAUAAAAAAAAUAUUAUUACAAUGUCAAAUAUGAGUUACCAGAAUAGGGUUACAUUAAAUAAAUGUUAUUUUAUUACGUAAACAUCUGUACUUUGUAGUCCUUAUUUUAAUUCCCUCCAAUUAGUCUGAUCAUUUCAGUAUUGAAUAAUUUCCUGUCUAAUUCAUAGGAUUGAACACCGAAGGCGUCUACAGGCUUUCAUCUCCUCAGUGUGAGCUGACAAAAGCAAGACAAGACAUAGCUACAGGUACAUUUCAAUACAUCAAAUUGGAAAAUAAUGUGAAUCUGCCUAUUGGAUCGAACCCUAUAAAUGUUACUAAGCUUUUCAACUAUUACUUUCUCUACAUGUUAUGGAAAUCUUAAUUGAAUCCUUAAUACGUUUCAAUUUUUCGGAGACCCAACAUCUCCAAAAAUGUUUAUAAAAAGUUUGCAACUUCAUGGUUUUGUAUUUUAACAACUAACUUUUGAAUUAAUUCAAUGAAAAAAAGGUAGGAAUGAUGAUGUUAUGUGACGAUAGAUAAGUCAUGUUGUUAAUUUGAAACUCAAGUUAUAAAACAACAUAUCGAUUUCAUGGUACCUGUGCUAUUGUGACCUUAAGUUGCACAUUUCAUACGUGCCAACUUUGCAGUAUAAAUCACAUACAUUUCAACUUUUGCAGUUCAAAUCACAUGACGCUUAACUUUUGCAGUACGCAAUCUCAUAUAAGCAAAAUGGGCAGUACAUUUCCAUGAAUUAUACAAAAUGAAAAAAAUAAUGACAAAAUAGUUAAUUAAUUAACCAUAAAUAAUGUUCUUAGUGUUUUAAUAAAUUAACAUUUCAAUAAGGAGUUAUUAAAAAAAAAUCGUUUUUCUAUUUUACGAUGUCUCCAUUGGUUAUAAAUUAGAUUCAAAUUUGGCUCUUUAUGUCCCAUUGUAAAAUAGUCGUGCCAGAAAAAGAAAGAUGAAUGUGGAAAAAUGGCAAAUGUGAUCAGAAGUAGUAUUUACUUAAUAAAAUUACAUUAAUUUUGAUUAAACUGAAGAAAUGUAUCCUACUUAUCCAAAUAAACUGAUAUUUAGAAUUUGCUUGCCCUAAGUUAUAAAAUUCUAAUUAAACAAUGACCAGAAUGUGGUUUUAGUUAACCAGUAUUUUUGUGUGUACCAAUUAGUAACAGCAGUAAAAAUCUGUGAACUAAAAGCACAGUUAGGUGCUAGCAGCCUUGAUAAUGUCUCAGUUGGUAGUACGACCAUCAUUACCAAUCCGUUUGUGGCUUUACAGUGUUUAUAAUUCUUUCAAAGACUAUUAAAUAUGAAAAUACAUUACAGACGCCUAUAUCUCCAAUAAUUAUAUGAGACAUAAGGACUGAGAAGUUUUCUUUUUCUGGCAUGAUGCAAUGAUCUCCCUCCAAAACUAAGGCGAGUGUGAUCUUCCGUGUAUUAUACCUUAUUAAAAAGCUGACUAACUGAGAGCUGCCAUCAAUGAGAAUUGAAGAUUAUCUACAUCUUUUACCCAUCAAAAUCUAUCCUAAGCAUCUGCUGACCUUAACUCACAGCAAUGCAGACUUAUUGUUUAUUAAAAGCAAAACCACUAAAUUGUAAAACAAUCCCGGCAAUUUAAAUUUCUAAAUAAAAUCGGAAAUGUUUUUUGGAAUUUCCGACAUUAUACAAAAACUCAAAUACUGCACGUAUUAGGAGGAAACAUUUACAAUUUUAUAAUAAAAUUAAUAUAAACUAUAAAUAUUUAUUAUUUUGACUUUUCAAAAUUUUUUGUGGGAGCUUUUUUUUUAAAUGUAAAGAAUCAUUUAUUACGUUUUAAUUUAAAUAGCAAUGUUUGGCAGGCAUGCACAUUUUGCCGAUUUGAUAAAUUUCAUAAUUUAUUUUUUAAUUGGAAACAUAAACUACAAGUGUAGUUUUUGUUAUGUUUUUUCAUUGUAAUAUAAGCUACAUACGAUUGCAAUUACCGGUGUAAAUAAAAUAAUCUCCGUAGCAACUUUACCUACUUAUGGCUUUUAACACGUCUGGGGCAUAGACUGAACAAGAAUGUUUCAUUCAUCAAGAUCCAGAGCUUCCCUUUCAAUUUACUUCCAGGUGUAUCCCAUACUUUUUGUGGCAGCCUCAAUCUUGCGAUUUCUUGAAUACUUUGGCCUUUCUUCUCUUUAUUUUUUCUUGUGAGUUCCAUGUUAUGGAUUUUUUGGUGAGGCUCUCUGGGGGUUAUUGGAGAUUGUUGACUAUCCACCUCCAUCAUUUUUUUAUGAUCUCUUUAUCAAUUUUCUCCUGGUAUGUCUUUUCCAGAAAUGUGUCGGUGAUGUACUAGGACAUUUCAUUUUUUCGGAUCUUUAUAAGUUAAGUGUUUCUGCGUAAUUUUCACUGUUGUUUUUGCAAGUUUCGGCUCCAUACAGUAGAAGAGUUUGGAUACUAUUGUUGAAGAUUUUUUCUUUUGGUUUGCAGAUCAGCUCCAUUGACACCUAUUUUUUAUUUAAAAGCACAAAUGCUAAUCUUGCCUUUUCAGUUUUAGCACUGAAAUACACUUCGUAUCCACCAUUUAUUUCAAAUUUGAUUGGUAAGUAUACUAAGUCAUCCACUUCUUCCAGUGCAUUUCCGGCCACAUAGAUAUGCCGAUGGGUGGCUUAGUUUAACUUCAUGGUUUUUGUCUUGUUUUAAUAUUUUUGUUGAGAACAAGCUGUGCUAAAAUGGUUGCGACCUCUUUUAUCUUUAUUUUGGAUUCUUUAUUCAUGGAUUUUUGUUUUCAAUAUCAAGUCAAUGGUGAGUAUAAAUAGAAAAGGAGACAUCCUUUCUGACUUCUGUUUCCACUUUAAAGUCAUCUGUGAGUCUUCCUUCGUGUACCAGCCUGCAUGCCACUUUUUUAUAAGAACUCUAAAUUACCCAGAUUGGUUUUCCAGGUACCGGUACUCUAUAUUGCAUAAUAAAUUUCCACAAGGUUUGUUUGCCUAGGCUGUCAAAGGCAUUUUCGUAGUCUAUAAAAUGUAUAUAUAGUGGAUAUGCAUUCAAUGGAUUGUUCUACAUUGAUUCCUGUUGCAAUUUUAUCUAUGGUUGAACUCUUUUUGUGGAAGCCAGCCUGUUGAUCUUAUAGCUGCGUGUCGACAUUAUUCUUUAUUUUAUUCAACAUAAUUAUCUUAAGGACCUUGUAACUUGCUGUAACAUAAACCGAUAGAUUAUCUACAUGAUGGGUCUAAGAAACGAAUACUUUGCUAUAGGUAGAACAUCUCCUUAUUGCAUCCGAAUUUCAUUUUUGCUACUUGUGGCAACUAAGUGUUAAAAUGUGCUUUCGUUUUAGAAUAGCCUUAAUUCGAAGAAAUCACUAUACAUGGCUGUACAUUUAUAUAUAAUUGUAGAUACUGCCUGGCAUAGCAUGAUUAGAAACACCACAAUUCUGUUGCUGUGGUACACUGAUCAUAGGUCACUUUGAACAACGUUGAUUUGAACUUUAAAGUACAUAAUAUAAAGUAUGAAUGUUCAGUCAAUUUUGAAUGUGUUCAAUUAAAAAAAACAACAUAUUGAUAAACAAGGUCCAAGAAAAUUAAUAUAUGUAUAUUGCACACAUUGGACAUUGCAUUGGACAGGUUUUUUAAAAAAAUAAUAUAUUUUUCCAAUUUGUUCUUCAAUCAUUAAGUCUGAGUGGCACAUAGACAUGUUAUUCAACAAAAUAUUUUGAGGGGGAAAGGGUAUUUAUGGUAAAAAUAAUAUAACUUUAAAUUUUAUUUAUCCAGGAUGUACAAAAAUGUUCAAUUCUCUUUUAAAAAGUGAUUUCUUGAUUUAAGUAUUCUUAAACUGGAUUUCUUAACCUUGAUUUAGAAAAGCAACAAAGCAGAUUGCAUCUAAUCAAAUAAUUGUGUUUGCAGACAUCAACGCUGUCCAGAGUCUACCCGUAAUAACGCUCUGUAAUUUGCUAAAGAUGAUCAUUAGAGAGCUGGCCACUCCUCUCAUCAACGAAGACGUUGUGCAAGAUUUACUGAGAGCAAAUGGUAGCCUUUCUAUAAUUUUUAAGUUAAAAAAAAAAUUUCUUCUGCUAUUAGCUACAGUACAUAUAAAAAACAAACAUUGCCAUUAUUAGGAUUAUAUUGUUUAACUUUACCAAGGAUACAUUUUUAUAAUUAAAUAUUGCAGUUUUUCAGUUUAUAUUAUUAAACACUCCAACUAUACAGAUUAUUAAAACUACUUAGACAUUGGUAGUAUCAUCAUACCAAUUGUAUGCUAAACAUUAACCGAAUUAACUUGAAUGUAUUGGGUCAAGGUUUAUCGUGAAAUUUGUGGCAAUUUAUGUCUUUCUGAUUGUGUUUUUUUAAAUUCGUAGCGGUAAAAUUCCAGUAUGGGAGGAUUUCCCAGGAAAUAUUUAUGAUGAAAAAAAUCGGGUGGGAUCCUGCUUUAGAAACCAAUCAGGUUAUAUCUGACUAUGAUUUUGAAAAAAAAAAUAUGACUAUGGAGAGUGACAAUCUUUAAGUAUUGUAUAAAUCUAAUUUGUACAAAAUUUGAUUAAAAUCAAAUCAAUCUACCAAAAUUAAAUAUCCAUAUUUUGACCCCGUGAGAAUAUUUUUGGACAAUCUUAACACCCCAAAAAGCCUUUUGCGGAUUAUUCGCCAGUGGUCGAAUACAGAUUUAAAGAGGAUACUUUGAUGCCAAGGCUGUUAUUAUUUGAUUAUUUGAAUUAACAUUGUCCAGUAUUAACAAAUAAAUAAUAAUAAUAAUAAAGUGCAUUUCAAAAACAUGCUUCAUCCCUAAAGGCUCGAAGCGCGGUAACAAAUGAUAAACAAUACCACCAGAUAAUUCUUUCAAUUUCUCAAAAUGUCUAUUUUUAAUGGACUAUAAAAAAAUAAAUUAAAAAAAAAGAAACGAAAAAAUCCAGCCAACCAAAUCUGUUCCCCAGCUUGUAUCACAGAGUCUGAGAAAUGCAAAAGAAUAAAGUGUGUAUUACAACAACUGGAGAGGACACAUUUAGAAUGUCUAACAGACAUCAUACUCCAUCUGCGUCGGUAAGCAUAAAAAGACUGGACAUUUUAUACUUUUGAAGAUUGGUUUUUAGAAACAAAGUUAUCUCAAGUAUAUCGUUUUAUUGCAGUGCAAUAUUUCUUUGAUUCCAAUGAGAAAAAUUUCUGGUAAAAAAUUUAAGUUUUGUUGGGGGCGAAAGCUGUGUACCUUCUAAUAUUCUAAUUACAGCACUGUUUUUAAUGAACUAACUAACACACAUAUUCUGCUGAGUAAUACAACCUUUUCUUCACAAAUAAAUGUUCAACUCCCCCUCCCGACCUCCCCCGAGACAUCUAGUGAGUGACAUUCGAUUUAUAGGUGCGCUAGUGUCUCCGGGACCAGACUGCAAUGCCGGCAGAUAGGAUCCCUGUUGUUUUCCAGCCCCCAGAAGUAGAUUUUAUGGGGCAGUGCUUGGUACGCUUCCGAGUCACUCAGCUCUGCCGCCUAAUCCCCACCAUUGGUCCUGUUUGCUAGGAAUGGGCAUGUUUGAAAAGACACCUCUGGUGGUCGUGUUGCCUGCCCAUCGCAUGUAAAACGUCGUACUGAAAUGGUCCGUCAGACAGCUCUUGAUUCCCGAAUAAGUUAUUGAUAAUACUGGCUGAGGCUGGCAGCCCCGGUUUUUGCCAGAGUGCCCGCUUUCUCAUUGCGACUGACGUUGACUUGACAUGGGAUCCAUUGUACUGUCACCUUGCCUCCUAGUUUACCUAUUUUGCACACGUCUCUUUCCAAAGAUCUCAGGACAGAUCUUGAGUUAGAGUACGCGAUCACAUCGAGCCCCACAAGCUCCGUUUCUUUCAAUGUGAAAUGCACUCUCUCUUUAGGGCCCCAUGCAUAAAUCCAAGCUUCACAUCAAAUUUUGAAGCUGCAGUCCCACAGAGCUCCGAGAGUUCUUCAUUCGGUAGUCACCCUGCUGGGCGGUUGCCUGGGAGCAGAGGUCUUGUAUAAAGUUGUUCAGUUUUUACCUUUGGUCCAAUUGGACCAUCAGGUAAACGCUAUACCACUUACCGUGAGCUCGAUCUCCUGUUUGAGAAUUCUCUGCCUGGGGAUAAAUAGUGAGUAGACCGUCUUCUUGCUGUUGAUCUCCAGAUGCCAGCGCCACAUGUACCUAUAGAUAGAAGAAAGGUCUUCCUGUAAUAGCAUUUAAAGGCGAUAUACUUCUUUACCGGAUCUACAUAUAACCAAAUCAUCAACAUAAAUCGCAACAUUAGUUGCUAGAUUAGUGGCAAGUCAAUGAUGUAAACUAGGAAAAGAGGGCAACUAAGGGCUACCCUUACGGGAUCCCAUCUUCGAGGGUUCUCUUCUUGGAGUUUUCUUGCCAAAUUUCGUGCUGAUUGUCCGCUUCGUGAGACGGCGGUGACCUACAUGUACUUGUUGGCAGUUUAUCCCAGCUUUUGCAACUUCACAAAUAGCCUGGAGCUCCAAACCCGGUCAUAGGCCUGUCGGAGGUUUAAAAAAUGCAGUACUGUAUGAUACUUUUUCUGGAGCCCAUCUGUCGAGAAGACGGAACACAUGAUCCAAAUGCUGCAUUCCGUUGUGGAGGCACGCUUUGAUUGGUCUGAGACUUCCGGUACUCUCCAGGUACCAAAAGAGCCUCUUGGACACAUUCCCUAAACAUGAUGUUAAGGGAAUCGUUUGAUAGCCUAUCGAUUGAUCAAGUUUUUUCCUUUCUUUUGGUAUUGGGACUAUGGUAGUGCUAAGCAAGCCCUGGGUAGGAUACCUGUUAUCCAAGAUCUGAGAAUGUGUGACAAUAGCUGUUUCCUAGCUAUCGAGUCAAGGUUUUUUAUCAUUCCGUUGGAGAUUUUGUCCCGAAUCGGCGCCUUGGGGGUCAUCCAUAAAAGACGUCCACACAAAAGGGGGGAGGGGGGUUCAGUGAAAAGUGGAUUAAAGUGGACAAAGGGGGGGAGGGGGUUUAGGACAAAGUUGAUGUCCACAUUGUAGUGUUUUUUUGAGUGCAGCAGUUUGCAUAAAUUUACUGCAAAUUUACUGCCCGAUCACAGUUACAGUGCCAUGCCUUUGAUCUCUAUUGUCCAUCGGUGGCUGGAAGAAUGUCCAAGAGAAUAUGUUUCUGCGGUAAAUAUUUCCCAUCACAGGCGGCUAUGAAAAAACAUAAGGUUGUCCAUUGCAAUAUUCCUGCUAGUGAACAUAAUAUGGCAGACGAAUCAGACGAAGAGACUGCCACUCAAAUUGAAUUAGCAAUUGAAGACUCAAGAACAGAUGUUGUCAUUAUACGAAACAUGUUUGAAUGGCUGCAGUCCGAAUUUUCCGUUGAUUGAAGAAUGGUGGAUUAUUUGUUAAUUACAUUUUGUAAUACAGCAAUUAAAUAAAAAAAUUUGAACAGUUAUUAUUUCAUUUAGAAUUUUGCCUGCAAAUAAUUGGAAUUUCUAAAAAAAAUCUUUGUAAAUAUAUACUCUUUAUAUUGUAUUACAUUUUUCCAAAAUAUUCAUUAAUUUAAGUUCGGUAAAUUUUAUGUUUUGGACGUCCACAACUUCAAGUCAAAAGUGGACAAAAGUGGACAAAGGGGGAGGGGGGAUAAAAAAUAGCAAAAAAUUGGUGGACGUCUUUUAUGGAUGGCCCCUUGGCAGCAAUGCAUUUGUCGAUGGCGUUUUGCAACCAAUCAUAGUGAAAGGUGCGGUAAAGACUUCAUCAUGUGGUCCCAACACUGGGGCCACUUGUCAGUGCAAUCUGAGACGGUUUAGGAUUUUGCUCUAUCUGGACUCAUUCUGCUUCCGGUUGAUCUUUUCAAAAUGCUUAUUUAGAGCCUCGGCACUUUUGGCAUAUUUGGUGACCUUGCCUGUCGUCGUUUACCAUAGACGCACAUUAAUUAAAUUUCCCAUGCAGGAUAGAGAGUCCUUCAAUCGCCAAAUUUUUUUUUCCGUCUCGUUUUCCACAUAUCUUAAGAGAUUUUCCUUUUUCGCCCUAUCGAACCCCUUCCGGACCUCAGAGCAGCAGCCGUCUUCAACUUACCGGCUUUGGUCCAAGCUCUCUUUAGUUCACAAACCAUCUCUGCCAAGCUCUUGUUUCAAAAGUGGCGAAACUUGCGAUUCCCUUUUGUUCUAAGGAUUCAUUAUUUAGCCAUAAUGGGAAUACUACAUACGAAAUUGCUGUAUGCAGCGUCUGAGCUUUAAAAGGCAUCGGAAAUUGCUGCUGAUUCUGCGAUUAUGAUCUCUACUUUUCGUAACAGAGCCAGUGCUUCCUAACAAACCUUGACUUUGCCAGCACAAGAUCGAUUGUGAAGAGGAUCAGUCGAUGGUCACUGCCAACCUCAUACACUCUGAAUCUUUUCCUCAAGUUUGGCUGAGAAUAGUGUUACAUUGGGGUGAGCCAUGGAACUAUUUCCAGUAUAGAGCAGUGUUGGUUCACUGUCGCCAUUAUGCAGCCCAAAUGAACUUGGUCGUGAGCACAACCUCCACUAAAUUGCGUCCUAAAGCUUUUGUAUCGGGAUAGCCUAUAUCCCCCAUUUGGGAAUUAAAAUUUCCUGCUAUUAUUCUAUAUUUAAAGUUAGUUGUGCCUUAAUUAACUAAGUAGUUAUUUCUGUUAUCCACAGGGUUGCGAAUAACGCAGCAGUCAACAAGAUGACUGCCGAAAACCUGGCCGUAGUAUUUGCUCCUUCAUUGAUGAGAACAGCUUUGUCUUACAGCAAUCAAGAACCACUAGCUGCCAUAAAUGCAGCUAAUGAAGACAAUAAACAAAAAUGUCAAGUGAUUGCUUUGUUAAUUAAAACGUUGUGAUUGUGUGUCUGGAUUAUUUUAUCUAUCAGCCUAUGGUUUCAACCUGAG